AAAUUUUCCCGACCCAGCUUUUGAAUAGUAGUAUGCAUAAACCCAUUCCAAAAAACUGUACUUUGAUACACUUGCAAACAUUUGAGUUUUCUUGCUGUGUUUCAGGACCCACCCGUGACGGCACCAUUGGUGAGGACACAAUCCGUGCAUCUUUGGUUUCUGCAGUCAGUGACAAGUUGCGCAGGCGGAUGAAAGAAGAGAUGGAUCGAGCACAGGCAGAGCUGGAUGCACUGAAAAGGACAGAGGAGGACCUAAAGAGAGGCCACCAGAAGCUGGAGGAGAUGGUGACCAAACUAGACCUGGAGAUGGCUGAUGUGGACAAAAACGUUGAUCUCCUUAAGCAGAAAGAUGAUGAGCUGACUGCUGCUCUGGGAAAAAUGGAGAAGCAGUCUGAGAACAAUGAUAUUGAUGAUGUGAUUUUGCCCACCGCUCCUCUGUAUAAGCAGAUUCUGAACCUCUACGCUGAAGAAAAUGCCAUAGAAGACACAAUCUUCUACUUGGGUGAAGCGUUGCGCAGAGAUGUCAUUGACUUGGAUGUCUUUCUUAAGCAUGUGCGCCUACUCUCCAGAAAACAGUUCCAACUGAGAGCCCUGAUGCAGAAGGCCCGGAAAAUAGCAGGCCUCAGUGACCUGUACUGACCUUCCCAAAUAAAUCAUUCCCCCUCUCAGCUGUAACACAUGCACUAUAUGGCAAGGAUCCUACAUUUUAUCCAAGAACAGGAGGUUCGGGACCCUCCUUUUUAUAAAUCACAGUCUUUCUAAGUACAGAAAGAUGUGAAAGGUAACUAAUAUACCCAGGACCAAAAUAUUCAAGUUUACAUUCAUAUCGUCAUUAUUAAAAACAACAAGUGCUUUGAAUAUAUCUUUAUUAUGUA